AUGCCGAUUCAUAUUCCGGAGGAAGAAGCUGUUCUCGAUCAAAGCCCGAUUGAACUUGGCGUUCAGUCGGUUCCAUCUACACCGGAUCCCAAUUGGAGAAAUGACCCUAUUCGGAUCAAGCGGAAUCUUAUCGCCUGUCAGCCUAAUGAUAUCAGAAGCGACUGCUUCGAGGAAAUCCAAGAUGAGUGUCGACCUUGGAUGCGAAACGAAGUCGCCCAGUGGCUUCUCGAAGUCGCCGAGCUAGAGGAAUGCUGCGGCUCAGUAUUCCCUGGCGCCGUUCAACUAUUAGAUCGUUAUUUAUCCAAGGUCUCACUUAUGCCUUGUCAACUGCAAGUGACUGCCAUUACAUGUUUGCUUAUUAUUUCAAAAGUUUAUGAUGUGAAUCCAAUUCAAGUAAGAAAAUGCGUCGCUGCCACGGCCCACACGACCACGGCAUCAGAAAUCCGGGAAUUAGAAAUCUCUAUCCUUUGUCAAUUCGGCUGGAAUGUUUCUUGCACCAGCCGGAUCGACAUCUUGUCGCCUUUAAUGACCCUGAUGCGCUUCAAUCAGGAGCGCACCGCACAAAUUACAAAUAGAGCGCGUUUCGUUAUCGACAUUUCGUGCCUCGAGCAGGAGUUGAAUAAAUUUUCGCCUGCUAUCGUGACUGCAGCUUGUAUUUGUUUCAGUCUCCGAGGAAUCCGUCUGAGAGCUCGUCGACAAGACGAUCUCGUCCGCCUCGUCUCCCUUCGACUUGGCUUUCCCCGGCGCGACGUUCACGAGGCACACCAGGCCCUUCAAAACAGCAUAUCUCGUUGGCGUCAGAAUGAGCACAGCACGCCUAACCAGGUUUCAGACGUCUGGUUUUAA